GCAUAAUUUAUUUUGUUCUUUGUUUCAGCUUUUGCCGGGAGAGCCUAGACAUGGAUGAGACCUAAAGAGCCCGCUUUCGAAAUUUUGGCAUGAAAAUUUUGAACCCCAAUCACUCCUAAUGAGCCCGCCCUAAAUCGUUAAUUCAUUACCUUGUUUUGCAAACAAGAAGUCAAAUUUACUCCACCUGUAUCCGCGAUCUCGCUAGGGUUCUUGAUCUUUUUCAUUUCAUCUUUGAGUUUCACUGCCAUGGCGAGCGAAACCCUAGGAGAGACGAAGCCGGAGGAGGAGGAAGAGGCUCCGGUGGAAGAGAAAAAGGAGUCGAAAGGAGAAGAAGGUGAUAAAGAAGCGCCACAGAAAGAAGUGAUUGAGCAACAAAGUCGAGAUGUUCACGAGAAAGAGGUCUCCGGGGACACUAAGGAGGAGACUGAAGAGAAAGAAAUUGUCGAACAGAGAGUUGAGGAAUCGAAGGAGGAGGAAGCUGAAAAAAGCGAGAAACCAAAGAGGGGACGAAAGAAGAGCUUAACGAGUGACUCUAGUGAAGCUAAGGAUGCCAGUGCGGAGAAAAAACAGAAACUGGAUCAUAAAUCAGGGGAGAAGAAGGCGCCUACAACGCCAGCUAGCGAAAGGCCGACGAGGGAACGGAAGACAGUUGAGAGGUACUCGGCGCCCUCGCUAGGGAGAUCUUCAUCCAGCAAAGGACUAUCGAUUGAGAAGGGACGGGGCACACAGCUCAAGGAUAUUCCAAAUGUGGCUUUUAAACUGUCAAAGAGAAAACCUGAUGACAAUCUGCAAAUACUUCACGCAAUACUCUUUGGAAAGAAAGCAAAGGCGCAGGUUUUGAAAAGGAACAUAGGCCAGUUUUCAGGCUAUGUAUGGGUUGUGGAUGAGCAGGAAAAACAGAAAGCAAAAGUGAGGGAAAAGCUUGACAAAUGCGUGAAAGAAAAAUUAUUGGAUUUCUGUGAUGUUCUUAAUAUUCCAAUGAAUAAGUCCAAUGUGAAAAAGGAAGAACUCUCUGUUAAGUUAUUGGAAUUUUUGGAAGCACCUCAUACCACAACUGAUGUUUUACUUGCUGAUAAGGAGCAGAAAGGUAAAAAGCGUAAGAAGGCCACAACAAGCAAAACUGCAAGUCGUGGAGCAGCAUCAGAUACGCCAUCCAAGAAGCAGAGGAAAACAUCUGGGGUUGGGGAAAAACAAAGGCCUUCAUCCGAAGUUGAGGAAGAAGAAGACGAUGACAAAGAUGCUAAAGAUGGUUCUGAGGAUGAAAAUGAAGACACUAUAGCACCAGAACAGGGUGAUCAUGAGGAGGCAAAGUCUGAGGACGAUGAUGGUGAACCAGAAGAGCAGAUGUCAGGUAAAAAGAGCUCAAAGAAUGUGAAGGAGGGUUCUGCUAAAAGCAUCGAUAAUGCUGUACCGGACCAGAAGAGUUUCCCAGCAAAACCUGCAGAAGGUUCUAAGAAAUCUUCCAAAAACGCUUCUAGUUCAUCUUCAAAAAAAGGUGAUACUGAAAUUGAUAGGACUUUUGGUUCACUUUCUAAAUCAAAGGGAUCUACAUCUAAGAAACCCAAAGGUGAAAGGAAGAAUGCAAAGGACCAAAGUGUUACGAUCAAGGGCAAGAAUACUGGGAAGCAACAAUCAGAUAAGGGAAAAGUUAACAAGAUGCCUAAGGAACCCAGCAGAGAACAGAUGCAUGCAGUGGUAGUAGAAAUUCUGAAGGUGGUGGACUUCAAUAUUGCAACUUUAUCUGAUAUUCUCAGGCAACUAGGUACACAUUUUGGUGUUGAUUUAAUCCAUAGAAAAGCAGAGGUGAAGGAUAUCAUCACAGACGUAAUAAAUAACAUGUCGGAAGAAGAAGAUGGAGAGGAAGAUGAUAAUGCUGAGAGUGGCAGUGACUCAGAAAAUAGUGAGGGUAGGGGUGAUGAUGCUUAGUUCAUUCAAGUGAAUGCAUAAAUGAGGCUCCCCGAACAUGAGGUAUUUUAGAGUGUCAUUCGUCCUUCUGGACUGGUUUCAUGGGGAGAGUUUCUUGAAUGUUGCGAAAAUGUUACAGUUUCGAUCUUGCGACAUUUUUAUAUGAAAAUUCGCAAGUAGGAUUGUUUGUACCAUAUUUCUGGGUAGGUUUUUUUUUUUUUUUCUCAAGAUUGGGGCCAUAAAUUUUUGAACUUCAGAUGUAUUUGUUUAAUGUUUCCGUAUAAAUUUGUAAAUGGUUCUUUUUCUUUGUGAUUGAACCUUCUUGUGUUAUACAUGGUUUAGUUGCUAGUGGGAUGUUGUUUAGAACAAGCAAUAAAUUGGAAAUAACUUUAUUUUUUUCUA